AUGCUGGGCUCUGUUGCGGCCGGCGGCGCGUUGCUGACGCACAUGGACCUAGCCCGCAUGCUGGACUGGGGCGGCCUGCCCGGCUCGCUGCCGGCGCUCGCGCCGCUGUUCGGCCCGCUGCUGCUUCUCGAAACCACGCUGCUCGCCGUGCCGUGGCGGCUGCCCGCGGCGCUCCUUGAGCAGGGCGCCUCCAACAACCCCAAAGACACGACGACUGAUUUCAGCGCCAGCGCUUCCAUGAGCGGAAGCAACAGCAGCAUUGGCAGCACGAGUAGCAGCAGCAGCGGCAACGGCAGCGGCGGCGGCAGCGCUGCCGAGCGUCGCGGCGUGGGGGACAGCAGUGGGGCCGUGCGGCACGCGCAGCCCCCAGUGGACCUUGACCUUCUGGAGGCUGCGGGCUGGAGCCCCGCGGCGCUGCAGCUGGGGCUGGCAGAGUACCGGCGCUCCGCACUGGUGGCACCCGGCGCUUGGGGCCGGCCGCCUUUGAGGGUUGAGGCGCCAUUGGUGGCGGCGCGCGCCGCUAGCGAAGAGGCCCUGAGAGCGUUCACUAUCACGUUCUUGGGCGGCUGGGGCGCUGGCAGGCUGCUGGAGGCAGGCCUUGAAGAUGUCGUGCGGCUGCCGGCGCUGAUGUUAUUUCUCGUCACCGGCGACGGCGGGGACGUGGAAGUGCCCCUGCAGCUGCUCGCCCGUUGCCUUGCAGCGGGCGUGCUGACGGCCGUGCUGCUGCCUGUGGCCGCCAUCGGCGCCGCGGACGCUCAGGAGGCAGCGGCGGCAGCGCUGCUGCUGGACACUGAGGCAGGCCGCGCCGCGGCGCGCGCCGUGGCCGCAGACGCGGCACCGCCAAAGCGCCGCAGCCGCGAGUGGCGUGCGGAGGACGCCUUCCGAGUAGAAGAGGAGGGCGGGCGGGCGGCGCAGGCUGUGUCAAAAACGGAAGCGGCACUGGAUGCUUUGCUGGGGCAGCUCGGCGGCGCUGGGAGCGGCGGCGGCGGCAGCGGUGGUAACAGCAGUAGCAGCAGCAGCAGAAGCAGCGAGGUCAGCAAGCAGCUGCCGGCCACAACAGCAGGGGAGGCGUCUGCACGGCCUUCCCAGCAGGAACAAGCAGGUUGUAAACCUGAAAAGGAGGAGGAGCAGGAGGAGGAGGGGGACGAGGAGGUUGACCCUUUGGUGCUGGAGUGGCGGGUGCAGUUUGCAGGGGAGCGCUGCGCCAACAGCGUCCCCGCCCGCAUCGCCGGCUGGCUUGCUUUUACACGCGGAGCGGGGCGCCUGUUUGCAGCCAACGUCGGGUUUGUGGCGUCCGGCGGCAACCUGGCGGCAACGCUGACUGCAGUGCUUGCGCUGAGCGCGCUGCGGCUCGGCUGCGCGGUCGCCAAUGGGCGCCGCGACGGCGAUGGUGGGGCGGUUGCCGGCAGGGCCGGCCGCAGAAGCGGCGAGUAA